AUGUCCCAUAAGCGUGAUCGGCUCACUUCGGAAACCAAAUUAGGCGGCACGCCGACGUAUUUUCCGUCGUUGACUGACGCGGACAAGGCACAGAUACAUCGCUGGACGAGCUGCGGUGUCUGUGGCCAUGCUAUGAGUCUCCUUACCCAGGCGUACAGCCCGCUGCCCACAGCGCCGACGAACCAUCCGCACCACCGCAUGGUGUACGUGUUUGCCUGUAACUCUGGCUACUGCUCUCGGCAGCCGACGAGCAGUAUGGUGGCCUUUAGCGUGCAGGUGGAUCAGGAGGAUGAACAGGCGCUCGCCGAGACCGCCGAGGACGACGAAGACGAGGUGAUUGAGACGGGUCCACUGCUGCCGUCGGAGCUGCCCGAGGCCGUGCUGCCGCCAUGCUACGUCUACAUCGAUGCGGAGCCGUCCAAGGAGGUUGUGGUGCCGACGGACAUCGAGCGUGAGCUUAUCAAGAUGGCGGAGGAGAACGCGCGGAGCACCGUCACAGAUGAAGAACUGCAGCAGCUGGAGCAGACGAUGGACCUGAAGGACAAGAAAACGGACUACUACUACGAGAAGUUCCGCUCACGGGUUGCUCGAGCGCCGAAUCAAGUAUUGCGCUACUACGAGCGCACCGUGGCAGCACCAGCAGCCACAUCUGCGUCGUUGCGCGGGAAGGAUGUCAAACCGAUCUUCAUGAACCCGGACAAAGUGAAAGCCAUGGUCACCAUCCCUGCAUGCGCCUGCUGCGGCUCUGCACAGACAGCAGAGCUGCAGGUGAUGCCGACAUCCCUGUACUACCUGCACGUCAGCGAGUACACCGCACUCGCACGGGCAGACGCCGCCCCCAUGGCGGCUUCUGCGGGGACGCCGGGAGCAGCCAUCACGCAGGGCAAUGCAGUCGACAAGCAGUCACCUGUCGCAUCGCCCAGCGCGUCUACGCCGGCGUGCAGGACAUCUGCGUCGUCCGGGGCCGCCACUGCCCCCGAAAAGGGGAUCUCUAACAAUGUUGAUGACGGCUGCGACUUUGGAACCAUCACCGUGUACGUGUGCGGGAAGGACUGCGCGGCACGGCAGGAUGGCGUGGUGCUACGUCGCGAGACCCUGUGCGUGGAGGAGGCCCCCACCAUGCGAGACGAGGAGCGGGCAGCGAAGGCAGACGCUGCCAAGGCAGGCGCCGACGGUGUCACACACAAGGUAACGCUACGAGAGCUCCUGCACGGAAACGGGGAGUGCGAUGAGGACAUGGAGGAGGAUGAUGACGAGGGGGGGCCACAUCGAUGA